AUAUAAAGGGACAUUAUCUCAUGCAUUCUACUCAACCCAAACAAAAACAAAACAAGUCGAAUGCACAUUAACAUGAACAUGGGAAUCACCAUGAAGCAGCUACUAGUCUUAGCCAUAACCACAUGUGUGCUCACAUUUCCGGCGCUCGCCGCCGAUAAAUGCAACCCUCAAGACAAGGCGGCCCUCCUCCGGAUCAAGAGCCAACUAGGCAACCCCUCAGAUCUCUCCACCUGGAACGCCUCCACUGACUGCUGUGGUGGCUGGAAGGGUGUCUCCUGCGACACCGACACCCAAACCUACCGCGUCAACAAUCUGGACCUCACCGGCAUCACCCUUCAAAAGGCCACACCCAUCCCUCCCUCCAUCGGAGACCUCCCGUCCCUCAACUUCCUCACCCUCUCCCAAAUCACCAACCUCGCCGGCACCAUCCCCAAUACCCUCACAAAACUCACCAAGCUCCGCUACCUCUACAUAAGCCACACCAGCGUCUCCGGCACCAUCCCUGAUUUCCUCUCCUCCAUCAAAACCCUCGUCACCCUCGACUUCUCCUACAACAAGCUCUCCGGCGCUCUCCCAGCUUCACUCUCUUCACUCCCCAACCUCGUCGGGAUCACGUUCGACGGGAACUCUCUCUCCGGACAGAUCCCGUCGUCGUACGGGUCGCUCUCGAGUCAGUUCACUUCGAUGACGCUGUCUCAGAACAAACUCUCCGGAGUGAUUCCGACGUCACUUUCGAAUCUGAACCUGGCGAUCGUGGACCUGUCACAGAACUCUCUGGUGGGUGACGCUUCGGUGCUGUUCGGUGCGAAGAAGAACACGCAGAAGAUCGCGUUGGCGAAGAACGGGUUCGCUUUCGAUAUUGGAAAGGUAGGGUUUUCUUCGAACUUGAACACGCUUGAUCUGAGGAACAACGGCAUCUCCGGGACCCUGCCACAGAGCUUGACUCAGCUCAAGUUCUUGAAGAGGUUCAACGUGAGUUACAACAGUCUUUGCGGUCAGAUACCUCAGGGCGGGAACUUGCAGAGAUUCGAUGCUUAUGCGUAUGCUGGUAACAAGUGCCUGUGCGGCUCUCCUCUUCCCAGCUGCUAAAAAACUGAAUGGAAACUUCAUCUCUCGCUCUCUGCUCAAUGUUCAGUUAGUUUAUGUUGUUCUGCCGACAUUGGGGUGCUGGAUGAAGUAUUUGUCGUACUUUAUAGUUCCACGUCCUUUUCAUGGCAAAUAAAUUAAUAAAUAAUAAAUAAAUCAUCUGUGCUUGACAUAGGGGAAUAGUAUUUGUAUUCAAGAUUUGAGACAUUAAAUAAUACCCAUUUUAGUAUAUAAA